AUGGAGGAUACGAAUUUGGGGCUGCAGGAAUCGGGGUGGGAGGAGCUGAGGAAGGAGGCUAGGAAGAUCGAGAGGGAUCUCGACGUCAAGCUCUCCUCCUAUGCUAAGCUCGGCUCUAGGUCUGGUGGUACGUUUGCCUGCCUUUCGUGUUCCUUUCCAUUCUUCUUGUGGAUUUGUCUGGAUGGUUCUAUUGGCACUGAUGUAUGAUUGUGGAAAAUUAUCACGACGCCGAUGAACAAGGUUACGAAGAUUCCAUCGAUAAAUUUCGUCGAUCGUCCCAUUGUGUUGCAGCAUGUCUUGCAAUCGGGCUCGCCUCUUCGUAUCCUUCUCUGGGGCAUGAUCGCUUCGCCUCUCUUUAUCUAACAUGCUAUCAAUACUCUAUUAUACAGAUUAGCCUCCUACAGACGUAUUAAAAGCUAGAAAGCAGCUGGGAAUUUUUUAUGCUAGAAAUCUGAAGAUUUUUUUUCCCGAUGAAUAGUGCCAAGUCUCCUCACUGAGACCGGCGCCGUGUUUUGUCAGGUGCUGAACGCCACAAUUAGUGGCAUGCAACUGCCACGGUGGUAUCCAUUUUUGUGGAUGGGAUGGUUUCACCUAAAUGGAUGGAAGAGUGAAUUUACGACAGAGUAUUAUGUAUGAAGUAAACCACUGGAAGUAACACAUUUGAAAGUAACCAAUCUUUGGUUUGACUAGAGUCGAACCAUCAAAGCAAUAUGCCUUCCUGAUCCCACAUAGUUUAGAUGGUUUGUUCAUUUAAUUUUCGAUCCAUUCAUUUAUAAUAUGCAUUUAGGUUGCAAGUAAGGCUGUAAUGCUUGUAUAGGAUGGCUAUGGAAGCAAUGUAGAUUGACAAUGUCUGUCUUUGGAAACCUAUUAGAUAAUAAUAGGCUGUAUACUUUUUUAUCGUUUUUUUACUUCGAUAUUGAAUUAUAUUACUAUACCUCUAUUGAUUUAUCUAGUAUUUCAGUCUUCGUAGACACUGGAUCAUCGGCGGUUGGGUCUGGGAGAUCAUGGAAGUCGAUGGAAAUGGAGAUACAGUCCUCGCUUGAAAAAUUGCUUGAUAUCAACGAUGCCAUGAGUCGAUGUGCUGCAUCGGCAGCACAAACCACUUCUGUUACCCAGAAGCUUGCACGACAUAGAGACAUAUUACAUGAAUUCACACAGGUGCUACUUGUUUGUAUAUAUUUGGUAUACUUUACGUCUUAAAUUUGUCUUAUGAGUAUUCUCCCACCUGUAUUUCCUAGGUUUGCGUUUAGAUUUCCUGUAGGAAAGUCUUCAUAUGGCAGUCAAAACAUAAAAAUUACUCCACCACGUUGCCUAAUGUUGCAAAGUGUGCAUCCUUCAUUGUUUCAUUUGGUUUUGUUCAUUUGACGCUGGCUGUGGUGUCAUAAGCUCUAGCUCAAUUAUUAAAUAGGAGUAAAUGCAUGUCGUUCAUUAUUGAAUGCAAAAAUAACUAACUGACCUGAAACAUUGGCGAGUAAAAUCAUUUGCCAUGGCUUCUCAUCUGGGUUAUAGCAUGCCAACUUGAUGUCUUUUUUUUUUUGUCUUUCACUCAUCAUGGUGAGAGUGAAGGAUCUUUGAAAGGGGUCGGAUAAGAACAUAGAGAGAUAAAAAAGGCCCAUCAGACGGCUUAAAAUUUUAUUCUCCCCAUAUUAAAGUUACCUAUUCAUAUAUUCCUACAGAUCCUAAGCAUGUCAUCUCCAUUCGCUUUCUUUAUUUUUUUUAUAAGAACGGUCCUUUUGCCCCUGACGACAAUAUAUACCCAUUUUGUUGAAAUUCCUGCCUCUCAUCAAAUAGUUUUCCAACUCUGUUCCAUGGCCCAUUCAAUCGAUGCCUAAUCCUGUCAAACCCUUGCUCAUGCUGUUGUCAACCACAUGCCUAAUCCUGUCAACCCUGGACGCCAGAUGCCUCUACAAGUUACUAAGCUCCAUCUCUAAUGUGAUAUUUUUGUGCAUAUGAUAGCAGUUUAGGAAUUUAAACGGUUGACAAAAUAACCUGCCUUUGUAGGAAUUUAAACGAACCAAGGGAAACCUGAACUCUAUGAGGGAACAUUCUGAGCUCCUCAGCUCCGUCAGAGAUGAUAUCAAUGAAACAAAGGUGAGCCCAGAUAUUCCCCAUUUGGAUAUACGAUGCGGUAUUCUACAUGUUUUAACGAAGAUUUUAUUUUGACUUGAUUUCUUCGUAGGCAUCAGGGAGCAUGUCCCCCAGGGUGCAUUUAUUGCGGGAAAGAGCGACAAUUCACGGAAGCAUAAGCCAAGUAAGUUGCUCUAGUAACUUACAAAGAUGAGAAAUCUCUUCAGUACGGUCACUGUGCGAUAGAAUUUCACCGACCCAGUUUUCCAAAUCAUUGUGUUUUUUUUUUUUUUCGUGGGGGUGAGGGAGGAGGGGCUGGAUUUUUACUUACUAAAGCAUUGACAUUUUUGGUGCUCAAAUGAGAUUCUAUAAUAGGUUUGAGGUUAAUACGGGCAGAUUUCGGUUGAAAAGUGAAAUUUUUCUGGGCAGAUUGAUGAGGUUAUCGGUCAAGCUCAAAGCACAAGGUCCAUUUUGGGUUCUCAAAGGACCAUGCUUGCUGAUGUUCAAGGGAAGCUCAAGUCACUCAGCGACAAGUUCCCAAUUAUACGGGGCCUUCUCGGUACUCUCUCUCUCUCUCUCUCUCUCUCUCUCUCGAUAUAUACAUAUAUAUAUAUAUAUAUAUAGAGAUCUUCUUGCGCUUUCUUCAUACGGCGGGGGGGUGCCAUCUUCGUAAAGUGUAACGCGCUUGUCCCGCACAGGUGCCAUAAAGAGGAAGCGGUCAAAGGACACGCUGAUUCUUUCCGCCGUCAUAGCCGGUUGCACGCUGUUCCUCAUCAUCUACUGGCUCUCCAAAUGA